AUGAGUCCACCAGUGGAAGAAGAAGUAGAUGAGAAUGAAAAGAGUGACUACACUGAAGAAGAUCAGGAACUAUCAGAUGAAAGGGGUGCAAAAUCUGAAUCAGAUAAUGGAGCAUCUGAAAAACCAUCAUCCAACAUUGAUACAAAUGAUACAGAUGAUUUUCUCACUUCCCCAAUUAAAAAAGUGAUAAAAAAGGAAAUACAAUCUGAUGAAGAGGCAGUUAUUAACAUAUCAUCUGAAGAUUCAGAUGUUGACAUACUCAUUGAGAAAAAAAAGAAUUUGGAUCUGCUGAUAAAAAAUAAACUAAAGAAAAAAGAAGAAUUACUGCUAAAGACCUGCAGGAAUGAGCAUACAGAUACACAUUCAGCAACUGAAUGUACAUCUACAAAGAAAACCAAAACCGAAACAGUGGAGAAAACUAAACCUUCUACUUCAUCUAAGUCGGAAAAAUGUCCGAAAAAUGUCGGACCAGGCUACCAGGGCUAUUCUCUGCCACCUAUAGACAUUCUUUUGUCCAUGCAAUGGACAAAAAAUGAGAAACCCAAGAACCCCAUCAGUGACCGGAUGGUGAAAAGUGUUGUAGAACAAUAUUCGUCUUACCUUAGAGCUGAACUGAAGAAAAAGGAACAGCCAGCGGAAGUACUUAAGGCUCUAAGAGAAAAGCGUAGUCAACAAAGGCAGGCCAGGAAAGGAAAAAAAUUGUACACAAUUAAGAAUGGCAAACGACAUUAUGUAAACAAGAGGGAGAAGAAAAGUGCUGAAGCUGACGCUGACAUGUCACACAACUCAGACUCCGACCAAAGUAAGGAAACACCUGUUCAUGACGUAGUGCCUGCUGAAGACUCAUCAUCAGAUGAAUCAAGUAAUGGAAGAGACAGUAAUUGUUCUCAAUCUCACGGCGUUGGACCAGAAAACACUGAAGAAGUUGAUGUAGAGGAUAAUGAAUCUCAAAUUAUCAAUUUAGAUCAAAAUGGACAGGAAUUGUAUUCUCACUUGAGUGCAGACUUUAUUACAACCAGGGCAAGUAAGAGAAGUCAUGAUGGUGAUGAGCUACAGUGGUCUGAAUUGUCUGAUGCGUCUGAGACAAGCAAUUUGAACUCGGGUACAUCCCCCAAGAAGUUGAAGGAGGCGGGAGAAGAUUCGGAUAGCAGCACUGAUAUAGAAUCGCAGAACUGA